AUGAGUCGGCGACAGGCUGCGAAGGCCAUCGGCGCGGCGGCAGCGAAGCUGUGCUCACAGCCGAAGCCCCUUCAUGCCCCUGCUUCUCUCUCAUCGUCGCCCUCUCACUCGCUGUCUUCGCAGUCCCGUCAUUUUGCGGCUGCUCCUGCCCCGCCGCCUCCCGUGUUCGUGGACAAGAAUACCCGCGUCAUAUGCCAGGGGAUCACCGGCAAGAAUGGCACAUUCCACACUGAACAGGCCAUCGAAUAUGGCACCAAAAUGGUAAUGUCUCCUCUUCUCCUUUCAUAUCCCGGACACUUUUUCGUGGUCUUGCAGUCUUAUUUUUUUAUCUAGUUUUUUUGUUCAUCCUGCAUCCUGUGCGCUCGUAUUUGGUUUCUGUUAGCCGUCGUAUUUUUUUAAUUCGAUCUUUGGACGGUGGAGAAUAUAAGAGACGCGUGCUAACUAAUGGAUUCAUUUUGGUUUUUAUGAUGACCUGUAAUGGAGGGGUUGGUUGGUGACGUGUUAUUCCUUACACUUGGAUGUUUUAAAAAAUACUGGGUUGGAAAAUACAGCUUGAGUUCACGGCAAACUAUAACUUAUAUGAUCCGUGAAUGUAACAAAUUACCAUAAUCAUAAUUUGAAACGGGUUAUUCACGCGGUCACUGUUCUUCCUCCGCUUCUUGUUUCUGAGGAUAUUUGGAUGCCAUCCAUUGGGGAUUUACUCUUUAACGUUUUUUAAUUCGGCUGAUAUGAUUGUUGCGCAUUGCCUGGGUUGUCUGUAAACAAUGCUGAACGGUGAUGUUCUCGAGUAAAUUUCUCGGGACAAUGAUACCCACUCAUUGGAACGUUCUUAUCCUCGUCAUCUCGUCAGAACUUUCUUGAUCUGUCUGUGGUCUUUAUUACUUUGCUCACUUUCUGAGUUUUAGUCAAAUUGUGCGACAGACGAUGAAUGAGCUCAGAUAACAUAUGUUGUGUGAAACCUCAAAGUAUUUUCUUGUGCGAGUGGCUUUUUUCCAUGCAUUUACCAUAUCCUUUAUUUGGUCGUCCCUUCUAAACUAAAGGAUGAAUUUGGCCACACUAUUUUCGGAAUCUACUGAGUUUGACAGCUCCUUAGAUUCAAAGAAUCUAUGAAGAUGAGACAUUUAACUUUCUCUUAUGUGCUUACAUGUUGUGGUAUCGGCUUGUGCACCCAUGUACUCGGAAUGGUCGUGGGAAGGUUUUCUUGCUCCAUGGUAGGCGUGCCUCUCAGUUGGAAUGGAAUUUAUGUACUGUGGCUUCAAUUCAAGGCCUGACUAGCACAUGCCACUGCCAACCAACUGUAAAGUUCACCAUUCUUGGUGAUGCUAGCUUAUCAUCAUCAACUGAAACGAGAGCCACUCUACCAGCUUCAAGAAUUCAUUACAUUAAUCAAGCUGUAACAUUUAAUAUGAACUUCUUUGUACUAGCCCUUUAUGAAAUCGGAAACAUUUAAUAUAACUUGUGGAUUACAUAGGUCGCAUUUAGUCUUACAUGUAAUUCGUCAAUUUCUUCCAGUUCAUUUUUUUGUUAGCUGUCUUGUCUUGUUUAGGUAACUAAAUCUUUUCCUCUGAUAAAAAAGUACUUGGCCUUCUCAAUGUUUCGACAUGUUUCUAACUAGUUAAUAUUUUCUCCAUAGGUUGGUGGUGUGACACCAAAGAAAGGUGGAACAGAACAUUUGGGGCUUCCUGUUUUCAACUCAGUGGCGGAAGCAAAGGCUGAAACUAAAGCAAAUGCAUCCGUGAUAUAUGUUCCCCCUCCAUUUGCUGCAGCAGCUAUUAUGGAGGCCAUGGAAGCUGAAUUGGAUCUCAUUGUGUGCAUCACGGAGGGGAUCCCUCAGCAUGACAUGGUGAGGUUGAUAAUUUCAUGGUUUUUACAGCUCACUGUUGCGUAUUAUUUAUUUUUUACUUAAUAGUUAUGUGACAGUAUGUACUUUUUUUAUAAUAAUUGUAGUUUAUCUGAAACGUUUGGAACUAUGAAUUUUAUUACUAUGUUUCUAUCUUCUUCAUUAGCCGAGCACUGGUGCAGUUGUCAAAAAAGAAGGGCAGUCCCUGUUUCUAUCAAUCUCUAUUAUCGGGAUUUCACAUUGGUCUGUCGCUUGUGCCUUACUCUAGAAGAGGUAAUAUUCGACCCAUGUCAGUAGGAUACAUCAGGGUGGCAACAAGAGAGUGGUCGGAGUUCCACUAUGAAGUUUGUUUAUGAUCGACACGCUAAUGUGGAUGGCUGGGUUAGUCGAGCCCUAGUGCAGUAAGAUUAGAUGCCAUUGAUUUUUGUUAUGUGCUGACUUUCUGUUUUAGCUAGAAGUCACAAACAACGGGCACCAGAAGUUUCCAGGAUGGAAUUAGGAAUAUCACUACAAUGGCAGCCGUGGACUGGAAUAUUGUGAACAGAUUGAAAAACCGUCAACUAAAUGCCAUCUUUUUCAUUGGAUGCCUCAAUUGAACAAUUUCAAUACGUAAACUAUGUCAUUAGAUGUCUAGUGCUUUGGAGAUAAAUUGUAAUAUUUUUAUUAGGGACCUCAGAUCGCUUAUUCCUUGUAAGGGGGAUGCUAAGCCAAAGGUGCUGUCCCUCAGAGAUUGGACUGACUUUUGAUAGAAGUUUGGCAACCUUUGACAAGGUGGAGAGUAGGGUCUUCUAUUGUAAUAAUACCAUGAUGCUCUCUUUCAUGUAGUGGCAUUUUUCGACCUGAUCAGGAAAUCGAAGACUAAUGCAAAGACAACGUCCAUCUACAUGGAAUGACCCAAAAUGUAGUUUCUCCGUUCAGUUGGUCUCCUUAUCCAAUAUUGGAUUCAGUUGGAUCCUUUAAGCCCUGUCAAUUCCGUUAAAGGUGAAGUUCCUGAUGUGGAGCUAUACUCAUACGAAGUUGCUUACAUGUGAUCUUUAUGUAUCCCAUAUGGAGCGUAUCAGAGGUGAGGAUGUUUUCAUUUUGAUGGUAUGUAAGGAGAUUUGCGGAUUGCACUUGUCCAGUUGUUUUGGAGCACACAGGUUAAGACAUUCAUUGAAGAAAUAUUAAAAUGUUAAAGUCUCUUGUCAUCAAAAGAGGGUCAGAGCAUAUGGUGGAUGAUUUGUACAGCCCAUUGGGGCAUCACAGACUGAAAGGGUCUUUAAUGGGGUUUAGUGCAUAUCCGAAGCGAAUGCUGUAUUUUAUUUUUGAUCAUGUACGUGGUUGAGUAAAGUUGAGUAUAAGAGGUAAAGGAGGAAACCUGUGCGUAUUUUUGUGGGUUGUGUUGGUGGGAGGUUGGCGGGUUUGAGAUUAAGAAGAGAACAUGAGAAGGGAAAUCGAGCUUCUUAUACUUGCUGACGUGCUUUGGGUGAAUAGAUGCCGAAAAAAGGACAGAUUUGUUAUUAGAGUCGGGUCUUAACUUCUGUCAAGCUAUGAACGAGCUAAACAAGCAGAUAUCUCAGAAGAAUGAAAUAAUGAUGACAUUGGCCAUGUGAUGCCGAGACAAGAAAUAUAUAAUCGGGCAUCAAUUCAUUACUAUGACCUCCUACAUUGUUACAGCUUAUGUAGGCAGAAGCCAACUUAAUGAGAAUGCAGUUUAGACCAAGAGAAGGAAUAACCAUUUUAAUGACCCUCACUUCUUAGUAGUCACUGGAAAAUAGACAGCAUAAAAUAACUGCGGCUGUCAUCCCCGGCCCAAUUUUUCAUGAUAAUUUAUGAAAUUAUUGAUACUGAAAAUUUUUGUGUUGUGUUUUUGUGCCUCAAAUUACUGGCAUCCUUCUGCAAUAUGAUCUUUUUUUAGAAUCAUCUUUUAACACUCAAAUUUCCUCAUCUAGUAGCAUGGAAUUAUAGUCAUAUUCCGUCCCCCUAAAUGGUAUGCAUUUCUCCUGAAUCCGGACCAAAUUUGUAGAUCACACUUCACCCUCCUUUAUAGUCAUUCGCGCUUUUACUCUCAAUUCACCUUCCUAUCCAGAUUCUCUAUAUUCAUCUUCUUCUUUCAUGAACUUCUGUUGUAAGGUUAUCAGGAUAGAGCUAUGUUGCUUGAGAGCUCUUAUUUUCACUCCAUAAAUGCUCUUUUCUUCCAUCAGCUCUUCUUCUUACUUGAAGCACGGGAGUGUUAAAGCUUACGACAUUGACUAUCAAUGCUGAUCUGCUGACAUUUGGGUGCUAACGUUUUUUAUUUACUUUCACUGGAUCUGGGUGAAAAAAGACACUACUUAAUGUCUACAAAUAUUCUGGUUCAAUGAACAGAGCCUACUAUAACUGUGUUUCCAUUCUCACCCUCCCUUGCAUUUGGUCGUCAUUGCUUCGCAUAGAAAAGCAAUGAAUGAGCUGAUCGUUUCAUCACAAGGGAAAGAUAGAUUGCCUGCUUACUUCAUAGAGAGGUUUUCGGCAGUGAGCGCAUGCUAAUAUACAGUUUUUGUUAAUCUUCAUGGCAUGUCAGCAUUUUCAUGACAACCAAAUUUCAGUAUUAUUUCUGAUUCUCAGUUUGAUAUUAGGUUCGAGUGAAGGCGGCCCUUAACAGACAAUCAAAAACUAGACUUAUUGGGCCAAACUGCCCUGGUAUCAUAAAACCUGGGGAAUGCAAGAUUGGCAUCAUGCCGGGGUAUAUUCACAAGCCCGGGCGCAUUGGAAUUGUUUCAAGAUCUGGUACAUUGACAUAUGAAGCGGUAUGUGUUUAUGCUGAUCAUAACAACUAAAAACACCUGGUUAAACCUCAUGCAUAUAUUUUUUUUCUUUUUGACAGGUUUUCCAGACAACUGCUGUUGGCCUUGGACAAUCGACUUGUGUUGGCAUCGGUGGUGACCCAUUCAAUGGAACCAACUUUGUUGAUUGCAUAACCAAGUUCUUGGAAGAUCCUCAGACUGAAGGUAAAUCAUUAAAAAAUGGAGUCAAUUGCGCAGCCAAUUUCUCUGUCGUGGGUUUCUCAAGGGGGGUUAGGGGGCACAGAUGUAUGUGCAGAAGUUGUAAGCUCGAUGCAAGUAUGCACUCUCCACCUGCAUGUUUGUUGGAAUGACCAGCAUCAUAGGUCUCUAAAAUGAACAUUAUCGGUAAAUAACUGAGGAAGAUUUACCAAAUAAUUUCAGCAGAUGGCUAUUCACCUCUAUGUUCCGAAGGAUUUUCAUCAGAUGAGAUUAAUGGCAGUUUGACAUCCAAAUGUAAAUGUCGAUGAAAAAUAUAGUGAUUGUCAAGAUACAAAAAUGUUCUGUAUUCUUUGCCUUGAACUGUUCCUAAUCUUUUCUCCUUAAACUUCUGCUUUCAUAGAGAAAGGUUCCCUAGUCACUCGUCUAACUGUUGAGAGCUAUGAAAUUCUUAUCACGCAAUAUCAUAUAAUUGUUCCAGCAUGCUGUCGUUAUUCAUAGCAAAUGCAGUGAUCUUUUAGUUAUCGACUUCUCCAGGAAAAAAAUUGGGUUCACUAUGCCAAUCUGUUUGACUCUAGUUUCCGUAAAAUUUUCUGAAUCUUGGGAGGUACCACUCAUCGUGAAAUGCCAAGGACGAACGAUAAUCAUCUUUGUGAUACUGUGAUCUUGCCGUUUCUCAGUAUAAAAUAACGCUUGUUAUCUUAGUCAAGUUGCAUUUUAUGUCAGGAAUUGUUCUUAUUGGAGAGAUCGGAGGAACUGCAGAGGAGGAUGCUGCGGCUUUAAUCAAGGUAAAUUAAAUUCCAAGACAGAUUGUUCGAUGAUUGAAAAUGUUUAUCAUCCUGCAGCUUUUCAAAUCAUGAGUUCUUGCACAAUAUUCAGCACUAUUGGAUGUGAAAUAACUUUUUUUUCCCAUCAUUUAUUUAUACCCAAAGCCAUGCUAUGAUGAAAGGCCGUGAACACAGAAUAUUUGGAAGUAAUUUGGACUUUUGAUCCUUUUGGUUUGUUUUUUUUUCUUGCUUUGGUAGAAGAAAAAUUGCUCGUAGUUGGAAGGUACGCAAUCAGCUAGUUCAGUAUUAUUACAAACAAAGGUACAUUCUGCUAGGAACAGGAACGACCGACGCCGCGCACUGUAAGAGGCCAUGGAUAGAUAAUAUCAUGAAAGAAGUGAAAAGAGAAGAAACACAACACACAUGAAUGAAGGAUUUUUGGGUGGUUCGGAUACUCCACAUCUGGGGCCUCGCUGGGUCUACCAUGUGAGUUGAGAGUUGCAAUAUACAACAUAAGAGGCGUUUCUCUCAUUAGGAAGAUAAGCCAACAACAGGUCUCUGAAAGUCGCAUAUAUCGCGUUAGAAUUGUAGGAACUCCAAGACAUCCUCAAUUUUACUUCACCACAUUCUGAUUUUAUCAUUUGGGCAUAAUUAUUCACAAGAUAAGCGUACAUUGGCUUCUUAGUUCAUAAUCUCUGAUGUGUGAUAAUUCCUUGUAGAUGUAAACUUUCUGAGGACUGAAACCAGAGUUUUUCUAAUAGUUUUAUCUUUUUGCAUGAUCCCCCUUGGAUUUCUCUUCCGAGGCUCUGAUGAGGGACGGCGCCUGAAUUUCCAUAGUUUUCCCGAAUCAUCUUUUUUUAUUGUUUUUAUGUUCCAUCGUUCUUUUAAAUUUAUAUUCUAAUUUCCGGUAUUUUUCUGAGACCACGAUUCCUUCCUCCCAACGUCUGCGCAUUCGAGACUUCCUCAUCAGAUUAUAAUGAAUUAUGCUGUGCAUGAAUUUCUCGUGCAUUUGGAAACAGUGGAUGCAUUUCUACUUUUCUGCACCAUGACGCUUGUUUCUUCCUUUCCCCAUAUGAGCAGGAAAGUGGAACUCAAAAGCCUAUUGUUGCUUUUAUCGCCGGCCUUACUGCACCCCCUGGUCGCCGAAUGGGACAUGCAGGAGGUGAGCGCAUUCUUCAUCUUUUACCUUGUUCAUUUAGAGCUUAGCACUGUGGGUCACACUUCACUGGCUGUUUCUCUAAAUCUCGCGUGUAUGUUACUUUAUCGAUCACCCUAAAUCCGACGGCCAAAUUAAAUCUGACAGAUUUAAAUUAUUUCUCGUCCUGUUCUUGGGCUAAUGGUUGGCGUAAUCUGCCGCUUUGGCCCCCUAAUGCGUCGUCGGUUUCGCCUGGUUCCACAGCCAUCGUCUCCGGUGGGAAGGGGACUGCGCAGGACAAGAUCAAAACUCUCCGGGAGGCCGGGGUCACAGUCGUGGAGUCGCCUGCAAAGAUCGGCUCGGCCAUGCUCGAGGUCUUCAAGCAGCGGAGUCUUGUAGAGUAG